AUGUCUGAGGCAUUCAACUUACCCAGGAUACCUUCAGCGGAGCCCUCGGUGUCCUAUAUCGACUUUGCUUCAACACCACUUGCUAAGUGGUAUUCUGGCUCUUAUGCACUCAUCGUGGACAAUCUCUUCUCUCACGAUGAGUGCAAGAAUCUUAUUGCCCUAGCAGAAUCUACCGAAACUGACGACGGGAAAGGCUGGCAGCCCGCAAAACUAAAUAUCGGUCCUCUACCCACCGACCAGAUUCUGGAUACCCGUUACAGAUACAACGAUAGAAUCCUCCGAUUUGACCAUGAUGUUGCGAGCCAAAUUUAUGAUAGGGUGUUGCCACUCGUAGAAAAGGAUAUUGGUACGAUAACAAAUGGAAGUAGGUGGGGUAGGAUUGUGAGUGGAGGAAACAGUGAACAGGUGCAAGGGACAUGGAAUCUGGUCGGCCUUAACGAACGCCUCAGCUUCUUGCGUUAUGGACCAGGUCAUUUUUUCAAAGGUCACUUGGACGGUCGACUGGACCUUCCAGAUGGACGAAAGUCUCGAGUCACCAUUCAAAUCUAUCUCAAUGGCUCAGAUACAGGCAUCCUUGAAGGUGGUGCCACACGUUUCUGCGGUCCAGGAUAUUGGAAUCCAAAGGAUUUGGGCGGCGACGUUCAAUUUCAGCCCAAGAUUCUGGAUGUAGAGCCAAAAACAGGAAGGGCUCUGAUAUUUCAACAAAGGGGACUAUACCAUAGUGGUGAAACUGUGCAUCGAGGGCUCAAGUACACUGUGCGAACAGAUUUUAUGUUCGAGCAGAUACAUACAUGA